GCUGCUGUGUUUUCUUUUCUCUCACCUUUUCUCUUCUUUUUUUUUCUAUUUUUCGAAACAAAAAUCGGAGGACAUCACGGCGCACACUCUGCGGUUCCACACCCCGCGCGCUAUCUCACCGCACUGCCUAACCGACCUAUCUCUGCGUCUCUCACGCCGGCACGCUCUCUCCGCGCUAAGGCCCGUCACAAUCGAUAGGCCGCGCUCGCUGUCUAGGCCUUUCAUUCUUUCACCCACUCGCGUCUCGUCGUUCGACGCGCCUUCGCUUUUUUAAGGCAAUUUUUCGACGAAAAUGUGGCCCCCGAAUGCAGAGAAUAAUCACUGCAAUUAUAGCUACCAUGAGCACGCCGAGCUGAACCCCCACGACCACUACCACCACCAUCACUACCCGCACUCGUCGGUUCAUCACACGGAAUGCUAUCAGACGCUGUCAUGCCCAUCGGAUCUUCCAGUCGAGACGUCCUACUACAAUUCUGUGCCACCAUCCUAUCAAGAUCUCGGCCAAACCGAUCUCAGCCCUCAAUUCUGGUGCGCCGAAGUGGAUUGUGUUCACGAACGUUGCUCAACAAAGGAGAUUCCACAUGAGCAAUCGAAGAUUUUCGAGGAAAUCUCGAAAGAAUGCGAUCAUAUUAUGAAUAGCGCCGGCGACUGCGAGAAAUGUCAAGUAGAGCACGAGAAUGGUGCUCAAGAAGCGAUUCCGAUUAAUGAUCUCGUCGAUAUUGUAAUGCAAACUGUCGAUAAUUUGAAGAAGGAAGGCUCGUCGAAUGAUGAAACCAAGCUUCUAUCCCGUAAACGCCAGCAAAACAAAGUUGCGGCCGCCCGUUAUCGUGACAAGCAGAAGGCGAAAUGGCAGGAUCUUCUGGAUCAGCUCGAAGCCGAGGAGGAUCGUAAUCAGCGGCUCAAGCUUCAAGCCGGACAUCUCGAGAAGGAGGUCGCCGAGAUGAGACAGGCCUUCCUCGCCAAACUUGCCAAAAAAUGAUUCUUAUAUUAUUUAUGUCUCCAGCCAUUUUCCCCCACAUACUUGUAUAUCAGUUCAACGAUAUUCUCUGGAAAUUAUUAGUAGAUCAAGCAACUCGGCAGAUUUGGCUACCUGGCGCACACACGUGAUGCGCAUGGCGCGCGCUCGCAGCUCGCUAGUUAUUUGGUAUCAAGCGCCAGACGCGUUCUCUGCGCGCACCAGUUGCAUUUCCAUUAUGUAUUAUCAUUGUUAUUUUUAUAUUAAUAAACGAAUUUUUAAUAAUAA